UCUCUUCGACUGCUUCUCCGCCCUAGCCCUUGGCCCCAACAAUCGACUGUCAGCAAGGCGGUGCAAUUUAUCUCCAUAAAUAUUAAAUACUUCAUAUCCCUUGAUUCAGCCAAAGCCUUCUCUGCAUCGUCUGUCGAACCUUCUUCUGCCGCAAAACUUCAAGUUGUUCCUGUAAAUUUGGAUUCACGCUUUCUCACUUCUUAUACCAUGGAUAACGGUGAAAUCCCUGAAAACGCCAACGAACAUUGCCCAGGACCUCAAUCUGAGUCUGCCGGUAAAUCUGAUGCAUGCGAGGGAUGCCCCAAUCAAGAAGUUUGUGCCACAGCCCCCAAAGGCCCUGACCCUGACUUGGUUGCAAUUGCGGAACGACUGGCUACUGUUAAGCAUAAGAUACUUGUCUUGUCUGGAAAGGGUGGAGUUGGCAAGAGCACAUUCUCUGCCCAAAUCUCAUACGCACUAGCAGCUAUGGACUUCCAGGUGGGUCUUCUGGAUAUCGACAUUUGUGGCCCAAGCAUCCCAAAGAUGCUUGGCCUGGAAGGUCAAGAUAUUCACCAGAGCAAUCUUGGCUGGUCUCCCGUCUAUGUUGAGUCCAACCUUGGCGUUAUGUCAAUUGGGUUCAUGCUCCCUGACCCAGAUGAUGCUGUUAUAUGGAGGGGACCUCGCAAGAAUGGACUCAUCAAACAAUUCCUGAAGGAUGUGUACUGGGGAGAGCUUGAUUUUUUGGUGGUUGAUGCCCCACCUGGAACCUCGGAUGAGCAUAUCUCAAUCGUUCAAUUUCUCCAAGCAACAGGAAUAGAUGGUGCAAUAAUUGUUACUACUCCACAACAGGUUUCUCUAAUUGAUGUCCGCAAAGAAGUGAGUUUCUGCAAGAAAGUAGGGGUACCGAUUCUGGGGGUUGUUGAGAACAUGAGUGGGUUGUGUCAGCCUCUGACAGAUUUUAGGUUUAUGAAAAUGUCGGAGACAGGUGAACAUACAGACGUCACUGAGGCGUUUAUUGAAUUCUUGAAAACAAAAGCACCUGAAAGGCUAGAUUUGAUUGCUUUCACUGAGAUAUUUGAUAGCAGUGGUGGUGGUGCAGCAAAGAUGUGCAGGGAGAUGAAUGUACCUUUCCUCGGAAAAGUACCAAUGGAUCCGCAGCUCUGCAAGGCUUCUGAAGAAGGCAGAUCCUGCUUUACUGAUCAGAAAUGUGGGGUAAGCGCUCCUGCACUAAGGAGUAUCAUAGAAAAACUACUUCAGGCAAAUCAAUGGCGUCCAGCAAUGGAGCAGUAGACUUUUAAAUGGUCUUUUCGGUGCUACCGGCAUUUUUGGAUUAGGUUUUUGUCUUAAAUUAAAUAUCUUUCCCAUCUGAUUUUCAUUUCUGCUUUUUAUUUGUACCAAAUGCUUCAGUCUGGAGCUUUAGGUAAAUUACCAUGGAUAUAGCAUAUACAGGGCGUUGGAGUUACUGUAUGCUGAGUGCUUGAUUUGAUUGAUACUUGUUAGUGCAUGGUCGGUUGAUGUACAUGCUUAUUGAUAAAUGGUAGCCAAUUUAUUGUGCAUUA